GUCAAAGUGGUUGUUUCCGGUUAGAGAAACUCCCACGUGUUUACACAGCGGUUUGUUGCUGUUUGGCUCGCUAGCUAAAAGCUAACUCGUUCGCAAUGAGUCCUCUGUGCGACUGCUGCGGCGAGCGCAUUAACAAACUGGAUCAGCAGAUUUCUGUGAUGAGAAAGGAAAUCAAGAAUCUGAGGCAGAUGUUGGACAGCGCGACGAGAGGUCAUCGCAAACACAUGAUAUCCAUUCAGUCGGCUGUGUCAACGAUUGGACUCUGUGGACCCGAUAAAGACCAGACGCCCUCACCGUCUUCACCCGCAGCAUCACCACAGGCUGCACUAGAGCGAGGAAGCAUCCAGACAGUCCCGAUUGGUUACAUCACUUCCUGUUUCUCUGUGAAGAACGGGACACCCAGACAGCCCACCAUUUGUGGCCCCUCAAGAGCCGAUCUGCGCAUCCACCGCAGUGUCUUUAAUAACCCUGAGCACGCUCUGGUGGGUCUGGAGCAAUACUCCCAUGUCUGGAUUAUCUUUCUCUUUCACAAAAAUGGGCACUUAAGUUACAAAGCUAAAGUGAAGCCUCCUAGACUCAACGGUCAGAGAGUUGGUGUGUACUCAACCCGCAGCCCCCACCGACCAAAUGCAUUGGGCCUAACUCUAGCUCGACUUGAUAAGAUAGUAGGUGAUACAAUACAUCUUUCAAAUAUUGACAUGAUUGCUGGGACCCCAGUCUUGGACAUCAAACCCUACAUCCCAGAGUACGACAACCCCCUCUCCAGGAUGAGCUCAGAUGAGACCACACUAUUAAACCAUCCAAAUGACUCUGGUGAUCAGUCAGCCCUAAAAGGGGAACACAGUGAUCACAAUGAUGACUUUAGUAGCUUUCUCUCAAAAGACAAAUCUGAAGCAGAGGUUUCAGUCACGGAUUCAUCAGAGUCAUCCAGUGCCCAGUUCUUCCUCCACAAAGACCUCCGCCAUGUGCUGGAGGAAGUUGAGGCCUAUGCGACCCAAAGGGACCUUUGCCAGCUAAGUUGUGCAAAAGAGGAUCAAGUUUCAGACUCUCCCAAAACCCCACCACCGGAUGGGACUGUCGAGCACCCCUGCUUUGGGGAGGAGGUCUACAGUGCUGUUGCCGGCUGGAUCAGAGAGCCUCCUGUCGGUGGUUUGGAGGUGCGCUUCACUCCUCAGGCUGGGAGGGAGUUGGCAGACUUCCUCCCCGCACACCUGUCAGGGGCCUCUGAAAGUGACAGACCCAGGUUCAAGUUUCUUCGCAGUCCAGAGGAAGCUACGGCUGCUAUAAGAGGGGUGCUGUCUGCAGACCCCCGGUCAGUCUAUAGAAGGACACGCUGCAGAGACAGACUGUUCUUCUUUACCCUGGACACGGCUGACAUCACAUGCUGGUUUGGACAAGGAUUUGCUGAGGUACUGCGGGUCCGACCUGUUGAGCAAUGCAUUUCUUCAACGUGAGAACUCCUUUUGAUUGAGAGCUUUGUUGAAGAACAGUAACGGAUCCUGCCUUCAAUCAACCUUUUUAGGUCAUUUCUAUAUUGACAACUGUUUAAGUGGUACAAUUAUUUAGACCGCCUUAAAGUAGAUGCACGAAAGGCAAGGUACAAUACAUUCAAUGAUAAGUAGAUCAAAUAAAGAUUUUUGAAAAUAUAAAUCCUCUUUUGUUUUUUGUCUCUGACUUUAAGGCACAGUGGGGAUGCAAUGGUUUUACAUGGUCAGUGCAGGUUAUCUAGAAAUAGCAGUCAUUGUGCAAAUGAUCAAAUCUAAGUUAUAAAGUUCUUCUCACUAAGUAUUAAAAGGCGUGUCCAAUUUUACCACAUAUUUUCAUGAUAUUGUUUGCACGUUUACUUUUGGUCAAGACUUGUUCCGCUAGUUUAAAUACUGUUUAUAUGUACACAUUAUCAUGUCGGACCUUCUACCCAACUGAAUGAUUAAAGGAUUUGUUUUUGUU